GAUUGUUUACUCUGCGUUCAAAACGAAAGAAGAUCGUAUAUUGGUCGGCUUGGUGUAAAAUGUGGAGGAAGGAGGCUCCAUAAUGGAGUGUAACAGAGUGCAAGGAAUGGGGACUAGCUGAUAUGCUCCACCUCUUGCAUCAUCCGACUCAAGAAUCUCCAACCCUAGCUCUUUUUAGCCUACAUCCUCCACCUUUUACACCAAGCCAUGAUGGUCCAUAUUACUGGGUUUAGUUUGAAGGAAGAGACAUGUUUUAUAGAAUCCUCUUUGGAAUUGCAUUGGCAGUGUCCACUGCUUUUAUCAUAAAAAUGGUCUUGUUCAUGGACUAUCACAAAACCCUGUGGAAUCACAGACCUGGAAAAUGUCAUAUUGUAGAAGGAAUAGACUAUGGUUCUGAGGAUAUGCAGACCACCAAGUCUGGUUUGACUUUCAUCACUUCUGGAGUGAAUGGAGUGCUCUUUAGCCCAAGCUUUAAAGAAUAUUACAAGAAACACAAUGUAAGAGGGAGAAUUAUGUUGUUUAACAUGGAGAAACCAGAGGAUGGGGUCAAAGAAUUGAUGAUUACUGGAAACAAGUUCAGUUAUGACGACUUCUAUCCUCAUGGAAUCAGUGUGCUAGAGGACAAAGGGAAAGUGUUGUUGUUCGUUGUGGUUCAUCGGCAUGAACAAGACACGGUGGAGAAAUUUGAGUUUCUGGAGAAAACUUUAGAAUUGAAGCACCUGAAAAUUUAUAGUGGAACUUUACCUCACGUACUUAAUGAUGUAGUGGCAACAGGACCAGAUACCUUUUACACAACAGACUGUGUGUAUUAUCGUGAUUCUAGACAAAUUAUUGAAACAGUUUUCGGGUUUCACUUUGGACAUGUUUUGUACUACAAUGGCAACGAUUUUAUCAUUGCUUCAGAACCAACAUACACGGCCAAUGGUUGUGCCCUCUCUAAGAAUGGGAAACUUCUGUAUGUUGCUUCCAGUUAUGGUAAAAAAGUGAUGGUAUUUAAAAGAGAGUCGAACAAUAGACUUACGAAGGUCAAUGAAAUUCCACUUGAUACCCUACCAGACAACGUGGUGGUGGAUCCAGAAACUGAAGAUUUGUUGCUGGGCUGCCUCCCAAUAAUAUUUAAAACUUUUCAACAUCUCGAUAACCCAGUUGAACCAGCAGCCUCACAGGUGCUGAUGUUACACAUGGAUAGCAGUGGUACUAACAUGACAGGUGUUACGGAACUGUUCUCAGAUGACCUUGAACUUUAUGGUUCCACCGUGGCUACAUUGUACAAGAAUCGUAUGUUAAUUGGCACAGUUCUUCACAAAAUGAUGUACUGUGAAGUGAAUAUAUUAUAAAGAACGUUUUGUGGUCAAAACAUCCACUCCAUUUUAGUUUGUGUACUUUAUAAAAUAUAUGUUAAUAUUCCUAUUUGUCCAUGACAGUUAAAUUACACUGGAUGAUUGUAUGUUAAAUACUUACCGCUUUUCCUUCGAACAUUUUCAAAACAAAUGUGAAAAUAUAAGAAUGCAUACCAGUUAGUGAAAAUGAAAAUUGAAAGUCUAUAUGGACCUUUCAUACAUUUUCAUUCAGUUUUUGUGCAUCGAGCAAUAUUAUUUUGUAGUCAAUAAAAACCUACAAAUUAA